UUGUUUCCCAGACGAACUCUUCCUUCUGCCUCAGCAGUUGAGCUUGAGCUAGAGAUUUUGCGAGGGUUUUGAGAAGCUGCAAGUCUGCAACAAGAAGAAAAAGAUGGAGUUCGAGAAAAGAAAAGCGGCGACGCUAGCGUCACUGCGGUCAGAGGAGACAGACAAAUCACCGAAAGGCACGGUGGACGCCCCCAUCAUACCUCUCCUCAACACCCUCAACAGCCACCUAAAUUACUUCACCACCAGUUCCUGCUCCGGCCGUAUCUCUAUCCUCUCCCAACCCACACACUCAAAACUCAAGACCAAGAAGAAAGCCUUGGGCGGCACGUGGCUCUUCAUCACCCACGACCCGGCCGAUCCCGACUCAGUCCUCAACCGCCUCUUCGGUUCCGACUCAACUCGUAAAGACGAACAAGACAACCAAAACGACCUCGUUUUUAGAUUCGAGCCUCUUAUCAUAGCUGUUGAGUGCAAGGACUUGGCUUCGGCUCAGUCUUUGGUUUCAAAGGCAAUAGCUUGUGGGUUCAGAGAGUCUGGCAUUACGAAUUCGAGCAAACGCGUGAUUAUCGCGAUACGUUGUUCGAUACGGUUGGAAGUGCCGCUGGGGAGUAGUCACGCGAUUAUGGUAUCGCGCGAGUAUGUCAGGUUCCUUGUUGGGGUGGCAAACGAGAAAAUGGAGGCCAACAGGAAGCGGACUGAAGCAUUUUUCCUGGCUUUGCAGAGUGAGAGUGGGGGAUUUUUGGGUCCGACUCCUGCGAAUGGUGGGACUGUAGCAGAUGGGGAGGCUGAGUUGGAAGCAACAGAUGACAAUGCCCAUUCUGAUUCUGGGUCCGUGGAAGUUCCUAGUUGUAGUCUGUCUGUGGUUGAGAUGGCAAUUUCUGGUGAACCCGAAGAGAAUCUUUUCCUUUGGGGUCAUUCUGCUUGUGCAUUAGAAGCUAAAAACCAGAAUGGUGUUCUUGUGUUUGGUGGCUUUGGAGGCAUAGGAAGGCAUGGAAGAAGAAAUCAUUCUUGGCUGGUUGAUCCUUUUUCUGGCACUGUGAAAGCAAUUAAUGUAGAGAGCAGCCCAUCCCCGCGAUUGGGUCACACAUCUUCUUUGGUUGGAGAUUGUGUGUUUGUUAUUGGAGGCAGGUCUGACCCUGAGAAAAUUAUGAGUGAUGUCUGGGUCCUCAAUACAUCAAAGAAUGAAUGGAAGUUCUUAGAAUGUUCUGGGGACGUAUUUCCUCCUAGGCAUCGGCAUGCUGCAGCAGUUGUAGGCUCAAAGAUAUAUGUGUUUGGUGGACUUAACAAUGAUACAAUCACUUCUUCCUUGCAUAUCCUCGAUACAGAUAAUCUGCAGUGGAAAGAGUUGUUUGUCAGUGGGGAACAUCCAUGCGCCCGACAUUCUCACUCAAUGGUGACAUGUGGAUCUCAACUAUAUAUCUUUGGAGGGUAUAAUGGUGAGCAAACACUUGGAGACUUGUACGUUUUUAAUAUCCAAACAUGUAAAUGGAAGAAGGAAAAGAAACGACUCGUUUUUAGAUUCGAGCCUCUUAUCAUAGCUGUUGAGUGCAAGGACUUGGCUUCGGCUCAGUCUUUGGUUUCAAAGGCAAUAGCUUGUGGGUUCAGAGAGUCUGGCAUUACGAAUUCGAGCAAACGCGUGAUUAUCGCGAUACGUUGUUCGAUACGGUUGGAAGUGCCGCUGGGGAGUAGUCACGCGAUUAUGGUAUCGCGCGAGUAUGUCAGGUUCCUUGUUGGGGUGGCAAACGAGAAAAUGGAGGCCAACAGGAAGCGGACUGAAGCAUUUUUCCUGGCUUUGCAGAGUGAGAGUGGGGGAUUUUUGGGUCCGACUCCUGCGAAUGGUGGGACUGUAGCAGAUGGGGAGGCUGAGUUGGAAGCAACAGAUGACAAUGCCCAUUCUGAUUCUGGGUCCGUGGAAGUUCCUAGUUGUAGUCUGUCUGUGGUUGAGAUGGCAAUUUCUGGUGAACCCGAAGAGAAUCUUUUCCUUUGGGGUCAUUCUGCUUGUGCAUUAGAAGCUAAAAACCAGAAUGGUGUUCUUGUGUUUGGUGGCUUUGGAGGCAUAGGAAGGCAUGGAAGAAGAAAUCAUUCUUGGCUGGUUGAUCCUUUUUCUGGCACUGUGAAAGCAAUUAAUGUAGAGAGCAGCCCAUCCCCGCGAUUGGGUCACACAUCUUCUUUGGUUGGAGAUUGUGUGUUUGUUAUUGGAGGCAGGUCUGACCCUGAGAAAAUUAUGAGUGAUGUCUGGGUCCUCAAUACAUCAAAGAAUGAAUGGAAGUUCUUAGAAUGUUCUGGGGACGUAUUUCCUCCUAGGCAUCGGCAUGCUGCAGCAGUUGUAGGCUCAAAGAUAUAUGUGUUUGGUGGACUUAACAAUGAUACAAUCACUUCUUCCUUGCAUAUCCUCGAUACAGAUAAUCUGCAGUGGAAAGAGUUGUUUGUCAGUGGGGAACAUCCAUGCGCCCGACAUUCUCACUCAAUGGUGACAUGUGGAUCUCAACUAUAUAUCUUUGGAGGGUAUAAUGGUGAGCAAACACUUGGAGACUUGUACGUUUUUAAUAUCCAAACAUGUAAAUGGAAGAAGGAAAAGGCGGCUGGGAGAAGUCCACAUGCAAGGUUCUCCCACUCAAUGUUUGUAUACAGGAAUUAUCUUGGAGUUAUUGGUGGUUGUCCAGUUAGACAACAUUGCCAUGAGUUGGCAAUACUUGACUUGACGCAAAGUGUGUGGAGGCAUGCGAAACUUGAAUCUACUAGUGAAGAUUUGUUUGUGCGCAGCACAGCUAAUAUUGUUGGUGAUGAUCUUGUUAUGAUUGGUGGUGGCGCAUCUUGUUAUGCAUUUGGAACAAAGUUUAGUAAGCCUAUGAAAAUCAACCUGCUUCCCCUGAUGAGUAUAGAUAAUAAUAUUAAACCAGUUGUCGGAGAGAGGCAUGCUCACCGUUAUGAAAUGGUUAAUAGUGAGAAAAGUGGACGAUUCCAAGAUCCACAGGCUGAAGAUGCUCAAAGCUUAACUGAAGCUCUUGAUCUGAAUUUUGAGAGUGACUUUCCCCGGGAAAAUGGCAUAGGUCAGCAGGUAGAGUCAUAUUGGAUUCUACAACUCGAAAGAAAAUAUGCAAAAGUAGGCAAGGAUAUAUUGAAAAAGUUUGGAUGGUUAGAUCUUGGAAGGAAGGUUUACUCCAGGAAAGGUGGUUUACAUAUUUGUUUUCCAGUAAACGGAAAAUUUUCAGGUGUAUUUAAAGAAAAUAAGCGUCCUUUGACAGAUUUAUCUGAAGGAGAGAGUGAUCACUUUGUUAAACCAGUUAUCGGGGAAGAAUGUUUGUUGAAUGAGGUCACCUGUUCAAAAGCCUUGGACAUUCUAAAGGAAUGUGGUGCUACUAAGCUGGCAGAUGAAGUCCUUGAAGUCAGGAGAGCUGCCAAAUCUCCCUUGAAAGUAAUGAAUGAAGCUGUGGGCUCUCUGAUAAAGGAUAAAGGACUACCUGAAGAACUCUUAGAGGAGCUACCAGCAAGAUGGGAGCGACUUGGAGAUAUAGUUGUGCUUCCGGCAACAUCAUUCAAGAAUCCAUUAUGGGACUCAAUGCAGGAGGAGCUUUGGCCUGUUAUUGCCAAAUCAGUUAAUGCUCAUCGCCUUGCACGCCAAGGCCGAGUUGCAUCAAACAGCACAAGGGACAGUACUUUGGAGAUUCUUCUAGGAGAUAAUGGAUGGGUUGAUCAUCGCGAAAAUGGCAUUCUCUAUUCUUUUGAUGCUACUAAGUGUAUGUUCUCCUGGGGCAACCUUUCUGAGAAGCUUCGCAUGGCCUCUCUGAAUUGCAGAGAUGAGAUUGUUGUGGAUUUGUUUGCUGGAAUUGGUUAUUUUGUUCUGCCAUUUCUUGUCAGGGCCAACGUGAAACUAGUUUAUGCUUGUGAAUGGAAUCCCCAUGCUGUUGAGGCACUGCGGCGAAAUCUGCAAGCCAAUUCAGUGAGCGAUCGGUGUAUCAUUCUUGAAGGAGAUAACCGGACAGUGGCACCUAAAGGAGUGGCUGAUCGGGUCUGUCUCGGUCUCAUUCCAACAAGUGAGGGUAGCUGGGUCACUGCUGUUAGGGCAUUAAGGAGUGAGGGCGGGAUGCUACAUGUGCAUGGUAAUGUCAAGGACUCGGAAGAGAGUUUAUGGACUAAACAUGUAUCAGAAUCAGUAGGUGAAAUUGCUAAAUCUGAAGGUCAUUGUUGGGAAGUUUCAAUAGAACAUUUGGAGAGAGUGAAAUGGUACGCCCCACAUAUUCGUCAUCUUGUUGCAGAUGUAAGAUGUAGACAGAGGCAGAGAUGACCAAAUUAAAGCCUCUGUCUGUUGUAAAACUUGUAAGCAACAAAAUUAUUCAAGACCCGCAUUUUCACGGGGUCCUGGCCCUCCUGGCAGCACACUGGGGUUUCUGAGUCCGAUUAGUUUUGGCCUGUUUGAUACUAUCUUAGUUUAUUUUUCAUUUCUGAUAAUCUUAUAUUUGAUUAUUAGAUUAAACUUCAUCCGA